CAGUUGCUGGUGAGUGGAGUUAGAAGUUGACAUCUCUCUCUCUCUCUCUCUCUCUCUCUCUCUCUCUCUCUCUCUCUCCCCCUCUCUCUCUCUCUCCCCCUCUCUCUCUCUAUCAUUCUCAAGCUGUUUUAGCGCCACCAUUUUAUGAUCUAAGCUUUUCCUGAAAUCUAGCUCCAACUUAACAACAACAACAGAUAAGGAGAGAGAGAAGCUAGCUAGGAUGAUUUAUUAGGGCUCAUUUUUAUCUUUCCAUAGUUUCAUUUCUUCUACUCUUAGAAACUACUCUCCUUUUCCUUCAUCACUUUCUUCUCUUUCUCUUUAGUACUAUUCCUCGGGAUCUGAUAUAUCUCUCUCUCUCUGGAGAGAACAAAAGUAGCUUGAGCAAAAGGAGAGAUUUCAGUUCAAUUCCCGAGGAUACAACAAUUUCACUUUCCACUUUUCAUUUUCUUGUCUCUUUUGUCUCCUUCUGUCUUCCUUUUACUUCUAUUUUUUUGUCUCUUUCUGUUGGAUUUGACCAAGCUUCCUUCAAACUACAAACAGUCGUGGAUCAAACACAAAGUGCUGCAAUCAAAGGUUUUCAUCAGAUCCACACUUAUAUUCAAGGUUUAGAUUCUUCUGAGGUGGAACAUGAACACAUUUUCACAUGUACCUCCCGGUUUUCGUUUUCAUCCAACGGAUGAAGAACUUGUUGAUUAUUAUCUCAGGAAGAAGGUAUCGUCAAAAAAGAUCGAUCUAGAUGUUAUCAAAGACGUCGAUCUUUAUAAAAUCGAACCGUGGGAUCUUCAAGAGUUAUGCAAAAUAGGAAGUGAUGAACAAAAUGAUUGGUAUUUCUUUAGUCAUAAAGAUAAGAAGUAUCCGACCGGAACUCGAACAAAUAGAGCAACAAAAGCAGGAUUCUGGAAAGCCACGGGAAGAGAUAAGGCAAUAUAUGCAAAACAAUUCCUAGUUGGAAUGAGAAAGACUCUUGUGUUUUACAAAGGACGUGCCCCAAAUGGACAGAAAUCUGAUUGGAUCAUGCAUGAGUAUCGUCUUGAAACUAAUCAAAAUGGAACUUCUCAGGAAGAAGGUUGGGUUGUUUGCAGGGUAUUCAAGAAGAGAAUGACAACAGUACAGAAAAUGAGUGAGUAUGAUCAAUCACCAUGCAACUGGUACGAUGAUCAAGUUUCCUUCAUGCCAGAUCUUGAAUCUCCAACCAGAACCAACUCUCACCCAAACUACACUUCAUCAUACCAAUCAUGCAAACCAGAACUUGAAUUAAUGCAAUACAACAUCAUACCAAACCAUCAAUACCAUGAUCUUCCACAUCUUCAAAGCCCUAAAAUCACUCCAUCAGUUAUCACCCCUUAUGCUCAUGCAAACAAUAACAAUAUUGCACUCACUCAACAACAGCAGCAACAACAGAUGCAGUAUUUGCAGUACCAUCAACAGAAUCUUCACUCGAUCUACGGCGGAAACAGCAGCGCUGGGAAUGUUAAUGAUGAACAAGUCACUGAUUGGAGAGUUCUUGACAAAUUUGUUGCUUCUCAGCUUAGUCAAGAAGAUAAUAAUAAUAAUAACAAUAAUAAUAAUCAAGAACAUGUUUCUGAUAAACAAGCUAGUUCUUUCUCGAAUGCAGCUAUACUUCAAGUUGCUGAACAAAUUACUCUUCUUGCUAAUGAGUCCAAAAAGAAUGAAGUUUCUGAGGAACAUGCUUCAACUUCUACCUCCAGUUGCCACAUGGAACUCUGGAAGUGAUAAGUGUUACUUAUUACAUUACAUUUAUAUAUAUAGUUUUACUUGAUGAUGAAGAUGAUGAUGCAUAAUAAUAUAUAGUAUUUGAAAAAGAAGAAAACAUGAGUUGAUGUACAUAACAAACUCACAUGUUUUAUAUAUAUCCUUAGUGGUGUUCAUAUAUACAUGAACCUCUGGUGGAGUCUUAUUAUAAUUCUAGGCAAUCGAUGAUAUAUUGCCCUAAAUUUGUCUACAUAUAUAUAAUAAUAAAUUAGUACUUCAGUGUCAACAUAUAGGAUUUAUUUAUUG